AAAGAGCACUCGGCCUGCCAGUCUACGUGUAGGGUUUACAAGGCCACGCCCCCAACGCCAACUGUUUCCGGCCGUCCGAUGACAAAAUAAACAACUCAAUUGCAGAAUGCUCUGUAAGCCCGAACACAAUGGAAGUAGUACUUAAAAGCCGUAUCAGAUGAGUCUAUCUUAAUAGGAAUUGACAAUUUCCACCGGACCUCUGUCUACUUUGACGCUCAACCAUUUCAACAGCUGACUUCCACCAUGACUGCUGUAAUCAGGGAAUCUGCCCGUGUCCCGGUGCGAGUAGCUGGUGAUGGCAUGGAAACAGAAAAAAAACCGUCCAUCUUGGAGGUCAGCACAGACAAGAUGCCACUCGGCCUGGCAUCUCUUCCGCCUCUGAAGGCAGCAAACCCCAAACGUAACACCAAGUCUUCCCCGCCUCCUCCCCGUGUUGCCCCACAACCUCUCGGUGUGCUCCACCUGGGCAAGGUGUGCAGGGAGGCCUGCACCGAGGUGGAGGCUGUAAGGAUACUUAUCCCUCGUGCUGCCAUAAGUAGAAGUAGCCGUGCUGCGGAGGUGAAAGGAGACGCAGGGCAACAGGCGGAGGAGCGAAGUUCAUCCCCGCAGCCUGUGGUGGAGGACUGGAGAGGCCAGCUGGAGAAGCUUCAGAACUCCGAACGCAGGCUGUUGCAGGACAAGGAGGGGCUGUUUAAUCAGCUGCGUGUGCAAACCGAGGUCAACCGAGAGCUCAAGAAACUACUGGUGGCAUCUGUGGGCGAUGACCUGCAGUACCAAUUUGAGCGUAUGGCACGAGAGAAGAACCAGCUCAUUCUUGAGAAUGAGGUUCUGGGUCGGAAUUUGUCGCACACCGCAGAGCAACUGGAACGCAUGAGUAUCCAGUGUGAUGUGUGGAGGAGCAAGUUCCUGGCCAGCAGAGUGAUGGCGGAGGAGCUGACAAAUGCCAGAGCGGCUCUGCAGCGCCAGACUAGAGAGGCACAAGGAGCCAUUCAAGACCUUUUGUUGGAGCGAGAAGAGUACUCCAGAGAAAUGCUGCUGACUCACAGAUCUCUGGAGCAGCUGCUGGUGUCUCUGCAGUGGGGCCGACAGCAGACUUAUUACCCCAGCGCACAGCCGCUGGGCACAGGGGAGCUGGCGGCUGCCAAUCACAAGCUGGCAGACACCAUCAACGCUCACCUGUUGGGCAAGAACACCAGCUACGGGGUGAGAAGCAACAGUGCAGCGUCGGAGCAACUCUGCAGCACACCUGCCGAGAAGAUGGCUGAGAAGGUGCUGAAGAUACUGGAUCCAAUCUCCUGCACAGAAAAGCAGGCAGAGUCGGCGCUAAGUGACUCUGCUCCCUCAAACUUCCUGAGCAAUAACAAGAAGAGCAUUGGCAGGUUCCACCCGUACACUCGCUAUGAGAACAUCACCUUUACCUGCUGCGAGCGCUGCACUGGAGACAUCCUGGUGCUGUAGACCACAUUAUCGCCAAACACCUUGGAUCUCAUCACUUUUUGGCCACAUUAUUCUCAAAAUAACCCACGUGCUGUAUUUUCAAGGCCAACAACACAUGCUGAGGUCACGGAGGACAAUGUUUGUACUUUAGGUCAAAAAUUUCAUCAAAUUUUCCCCGAUCAAUUAUAUUUUCUGAGGAGAAUACUGUACAUACUAUCAUCUAUGACAGGAGUUUCCAAACGUUUCAACCAAGGGCAGCAUAACGAAAAGUCAAAGUAUACGGGGGCCAUUUUGAUAUUGUUUUAAAAAUGAAAAAUGCUGGAAACAGACAUAAUACAUAUGGACAGUUGAAAUAUUUAGGACAAAACUUGUUGUAGGUGACGAAGUGUACUUUCAUGAGUUAUUUCUGGGGUGAUCAAAGUGCGUCAUUUGCAGACCAAAGCUCCAGUUUUGUUGGCCCGCAACAUAUUGACGUAAAAAAAACAACUAAAAAUGUAGGAAAAAGAGGGAAAAAACUAUGUAACCAGAAAAAGAUGACAUUUUGAUACAAACAAUACAGGAUGUCGUGGUGGUUUGUGCAGCCCUUUGAGACACUAGUGAUUUAGGGCUAUAAAAGUAAACAUUGAUUGAAUUUGUCACCUGUAACACAAAACUAACACUAAGUUUUGAUAUGUAGUGUGUUUGUAGCAUUUAUUUACUUUUACAGAAUAAAAAUGUCACCCACAUACUUAGACUUUUAAGUUUUGAAUCACAUUUUCAGCUUUUUUUGCUGAACUUUUUUACAGAUCUUUCCCCCCGACAACAUGUUGCAGGCCAAAAAGACUCCAGCUGCGGGCCGUACAUUGGACACUUUUGAUAAAUGACCUCUCGGAAGAAUUGUGUGAACUGAAGUGUAAUAUUAUGUUAGGGCGGCAACGAUUAAUUUGACUAGUAAAAAAUUAUUUGUUCCGGUAUACAUCACUUAGUAAUAUAUUUUGGUACUUGAUGCUUGUUAGUAUUUUAGCAUGCUAGCUUUUUCAAGCUACUUUAACAGUAUCAUUUAUUUUUGUAUGUCACCAAUGCUAUUGCUAGCAUACUAGCUUUUUAAGCUCAUAUUUUUAGUUACUCAAUGCAACCUGGCCAGCGUGUUGACGGUUAGCAUUUCAGUUCGUUUUAAGCUCUUCGGCAUUCAUACUACAAAUUUUCUACCGAAAUUGUGUUUGAGUUUUCUGAACUGGUUUGGAUGGUGAAAACUACCAAAGUGGCCCCGCAUCCUUUUAAUUUGUCAGUCUGUGGCCUUCAGUGGAAAAAGUUUGGGCAACCCUGGUUAAAGGAGUUGAAAGUUAAAGUCCACUUCUGAGUAAACUUGAAUUUGUAUUUAGCUAACUUUAACGAUGAAGAUGCGUAAUUUCUUAUUCCAUCUGUAAAGCAUUUUUUGACAAUGAAGUAUUUGGUUGAGUACUUUGCAAAAACGUAUAAACAAAUGAUUCCAUUA